AUGACAACUAUUCGCUGUCUUCAGUGCCAAAGCCCUGUACCGAGUGAUUUGGAGAUUGCCCAAAGUGUAGAACCAUUUGAGAUUUCACGUAUUGCGGCAGCCUUUGGUAUACUCCCUUCAGAACUGAGUCCUUAUGGCUCUACAAGGGCUAAAGUGAAACUUGACAUAUUAAAGCGUCUUGAAAAUACAAAACCUGGAAAAUAUGUUGUUGUUGCAGGUAUGAGUCCCACUCCAUUAGGAGAAGGGAAAAGUACAACAACAAUUGGACUCGCACAGUCACUAUGUGCACAUUUACAACGACCAACAUUUGCAUGUAUUCGUCAACCUUCACAAGGCCCUACAUUUGGUAUAAAAGGAGGGGCUGCAGGUGGAGGAUAUAGUCAAGUAAUUCCUAUGGAAGAAUUUAAUUUACAUGGUACAGGAGAUAUUCAUGCUAUUACAGCUGCCAAUAAUCUUCUCGCAGCGGCUAUAGAUGCAAGAAUUUUUCACGAACGCACCCAAAGUGAUGAAGCCUUAUUUCGACGUCUUACUGCUGAACUAAAGAACUUUACAUCUAUUAUGAAAAAAAGAUUGGAAAAACUUGGUAUUCAUAAGGAUGAUCCAAAAGAUUUAACACCUGAAGAACGAGUCCGUUUUGCUCGUUUAAAUAUUGAUCCUAAUACCAUUUCUUGGAAACGUGUAAUGGAUGUGAAUGACAGAAUGUUACGUCAAAUAACAAUUGGACAAGGAAAAGAAGAAAAAGGAAUGACACGAACUACAGGAUUUGAAAUAAGUGUGGCAUCUGAACUAAUGGCUAUACUUGCUCUUGCCAAAGAUUUAAAUGAUAUGCGAAAUCGUUUUGGUGCUAUUGAAGUAGCAAAAAGUGUAUCAGGUGAAGCUAUUACUGCAGAAGAUAUUGGUUGUGCUGGUGCUAUGACUGUUUUAAUGAAAGAUACAAUUGAACCCACUCUUAUGCAAACUUUGGAAGGAACACCCAUUCUUGUGCAUGCGGGACCAUUUGGAAAUAUUGCUCAUGGUAACAGUAGUAUUAUUGCAGAUCGAAUUGGAUUAAAACUUGCUGGAGAAAAUGGAUUCGUUUUAACUGAAGCAGGUUUCGGUGCAGAUAUGGGUUGUGAAAAAUUUUUUAAUAUAAAAUGUCGCACCAGUGGACUGAGACCUGAUGCGGCAGUUGUUGUUGUAACCCUCCGUGCUUUGAAAUUUCAUGGAGGAGUUGAACCAAGCAAGGCUUCUAUUGAAAAUAUUGAUGCCCUUCGUCAUGGAUGCUCAAAUCUUUUACGUCAUGUUGAAAAUAUACGUAAAUUUGGUGUCCCUGUUGUUGUUGCUAUUAAUGAAUUUUCUACAGAUACCAAAAUGGAAUUGGAUAUUGUGAAAGAACUUGCUUUACGUGAAGCAGGUGCUUUUGAUGUGGUUGUAACAAACAACUGGUCUCGGGGAGGGGCAGGAGCUGUGGACCUUGCUAAUGCUCUUAUUCGUGCGACCCAAACAAUAAAGGCAGAUUUUCGUUUCCUAUAUCCAGAUACGGAUAGCCUUAAAAUGAAAAUAGAAAAGAUAUGCAAAGAAAUAUAUGGUGCCGCCGGUGUGGAAUAUCUUAAUGAUACUAAUGAGAAAUUGGAAGAUUUUGAGCAUCGUGGUUUUGGUUUAUAUCCUAUCUGUAUGGCUAAGACGCAAUAUAGUUUUUCCCAUGAUCCAUCACUAAAAGGAGCUCCAACAGGUUUUAUUGUACCCAUUCGUGAUGUUCGGGUAAACUGUGGUGCGAAGUUUGUAUUUCCAAUCCUGGGUGAUAUUUCCACUAUGCCAGGACUUCCAACACGACCAGCUUUCUUUAACAUAGAUAUUGACGGAGAUACUGGUGCUAUCACAGGAUUAUCGUAG